UUUGAACUUUCAUGCGUUGUGAGCACAACUUCUCUUCCGCCGAACAAGCUUUCGCCAUCACCUUCAUUCUACCGCAGCCACUAGCCGAUUAUGAAGGUUCUGCUGCUCGUAGCCUGCCUUGCUGCAGUGGCUAACUGCAUGCCCAUGCAGCGUCAGCUGGACCUGCAGUACUCGUACACCGCUAACGAAACCCAGCUGGAGCACCACCAUGCCUUCAGCGAACUCGGCGUGGACGUGUCCCAGCCCACGGGCCUCACGGCGUUCAAGUGCCUGAAGCAGAGCGGUCACAAGUUUGCCAUUGUGCGUGCGUAUGAAAGCAUUGGUGCGCCCGACUCGCAUGCUCCCGCCACCAUCUCCAAUGCCUGGGGAGCUGACUUCAGUCACGUCGAUGUCUACUUGUUCCCAUGCUAUCGCUGUGGCAAUCCUGCCGCUCAAGUCCAGUCCAUGGUGAGCCACCUGAGUGGCUCUCGCUACGGUAUGAUUUGGCUGGACGUUGAGGGAUCAUGGAGUUCUUCAAAAACGGACAACCAGAAUUUCUUCACUGAACUCGCUGCAGCAGCCCGUAAAGAGAAGUCGACCGGCGUGUAUACAUCUCAAUACCAGUGGAGCAGCAUAAUGGGAGAUUGGGAUGGUGGAAGCCACUUGCCUCUCUGGUACGCCCACUACGACAACAACCCCUCGUUCUCCGACUUUGAGAAGUUUGGCGGGUGGGACCGUCCCAACGUGAAGCAGUAUGAGGGUGAUAAGUUUGAGUGUGGUGCUGGUGUGGAUCUCAACUACGAGCCUGGCUUGUAAAGCUGCAAUCAGCAAUGUCAUGCGGCAGGCAUGCAUCCAUGCCUUUGCAGAUGCAACUGGAACUGGAGGCUCUAAGUGUCCUGUACCUUGCAGCACCUCACACAAUACACUGCUGGAACAUGUGUUUCUCUCAACCAUUUUCUUGUACCCGACUAAAACUAGCGGGACCACGUCAGAUGAGAAGAGCUCCCCUGGUCCAGGGCAUGGAUGCAUGCACGUACUGAUAUGAUUUGUGAAGUUGCCGCCCUGUUCUUGUUGUCUUACUGGUAUAUUUUCCCCUCGUCGUUGUGAGUUUGUCAAACUUAAAUUCCAAUCAUGUUCCCCAUUAGCAUAAACUGAGGGUUCCCACGUGUAUAAUGUUGUACUUGUACAUCCUAUGUACAAAAUCUCAACCAGUGAGGUUACCGUAUUUCCCAGUAAGUUAGUACGUACUAACUUUCGAACUUA